AAUUCGUUGACGGGCAUAGGUGAGAAAUAAUAUGUUGUACAAUACGGAACCGACUUGGUUUCCGUGCUUCAAUGCUUCUCUGCGAGCAUAUGGAGCUUGUGAAAAAUUUCAUACAACGUCGGAAAAAGAGGCUAAUGGUUAUCAUAUUUAUGCAAAAGCAUUGAAAAUAUGUGAGUGUGAAUUCAAAUUCAUUUGAUUUUUUUUUUCCCUUGCCCUUGAGUGUUGUGGUGGUAGUGAACAUCACACGACAGAGUUUAUAUUGGCAAAGUAAAUUGUAUCGUGCCGGAUACAAAAAAAGAAGUAUAAAAUUCAACUCUUCAGUUUUCUCGACUCUUUUUCUUUUCUUGUUCUUCGUCCUUUUUUAAAAAAAAAGAAUAAUUUGUUAUGACAGAAUCCAACUAUCUAUUAGAAUCUUCUGAAAACUUGUUUGGUAAAAACCAUUUUUCUCAUUUGAUGCAGCAAACCCAUCUUCCUUCACCUGUGUCAGAAAGCCAGCAAUUCAGCAAUUUUCCUUCGCCGAGUUCUUCUACCGAUUCUUUGGACGAAAGUCAAACGUGCUCCCCAUUAUUCCUUGAUCCCAAUGUUCUGCACCAUUUUCCGCCCUCCGUACUACAAUCCCUGGCCAGUCUUUACUCGCAGCAGUGUGAAACCAGUUUUGAGCAAUUUGUUCAGUUUGAUGACGACCAACAACCUUCCAGCCACAGUUCCGAGAAUACCUGCGCUACCGAAACCGUUUUGUCCUUUGAUGAAGAAGACAAUAAAAACACCAUGGAUCCUGUCCCGUCAGUGUCGGAGUGCGCCGAAAAUUCGUCUGCUCUCUCCAGUGUGGUCAUGACUCGAUCCACACGUCAACUCGAGUGUUUUAACUGCCACGUGACUAAGACACCUCUAUGGCGUCGCACACCCGAUCGGGCUCAUUCUCUCUGUAACGCCUGCGGUCUCUACUACAAACAAUAUGGAAGCCACCGACCCCAUCACAUCCGUCAAAAAAGCCAAAACAAACAACAUAUCGCCAUCGUAAAACCCGAACCAGCAGCUGGCUCUGCUGCUCCUUCCGCAUUAGUUUGUUCGCCUACCACCAGCAUUGUCCCUACCAGCACUGAUCCAGCUGUCUCGGUUCCUGAAACACCUAGCCCCGCUUCGGCUGAAGGCGAACAGCGGUGCGCUAAUUGCUUGCAGACAAAUACACCUUUAUGGCGCAAAAAUGAACGUGGUGAAUCUGUAUGCAAUGCCUGCGGUUUAUAUGCCAAAUUACAUCACCGAGACCGUCCUCCAGCAAUGCGCAAGCAAAAAGUUCAAAAGCGGCGUCGCGGUUGGUCAUCCGAGAAAGAAGAAGAACUUACCGUCAACGUGAAGCGAGCCAAUACCACCAUGUCUAGCCCAAUGUCUCCUUUCAUCUCCGUUAUACCAGCUCAAAAACCUCCUACAUCUAUACAAAAAGCGAACGAACAACUGAAUGAUGUCGAUGAUUCUCGAUUCAAAAGCUUACUCAGCAGAAUGAACAACCAGCAAAUGCACGAAUUUUUAAACAUGCUUGAGCGGCGAUGCGCUAUUUUACGAUCAGUCUUGUAUAUGACGGAACAAUAUGAGCAACAACAAGAGCAACAACAGCAAGAGUCAGAACAGCACUACCAAACACUGCAGUUGUCUCAAACCUCUGAAUAAUUUGCUUAUCUCGAUCCUUCUUUUAUAUGCAUUCCUACUUCUUCACAUCAUCCCAUUUAAUUUCAUUACUGAAAGUCUUAACACACUUUCAUCUCUA